AUGAUAUAUCUUGUACUUCCUUGGUUGUGGCUACCCGUCUCUAAAGCUGGGGUACUUACGCGAAUAAAAUCUUUUUUACAAAUAACAUUCAAAAAUAGUAAUGAGGGAUAUAAAAAUGUUCUAACUGAUAACCAUAUUGAUAUUUGUAAAUUAUCUGAUUCAUCCAAAGAUUGUGGAUACUUUGGUAUAACAAAAGAACAAUGUGAGGCGCGAUUCUGCUGUUGGAAACCUUUAAAUGAUUCCAAUGCAAAUUGGUGCACCUUUAAAAAAGGUCCUGAAUAUACGUGUAACGUUGAUCCUUCUACGAGAGUGGAUUGUGGAUAUCUCGGAAUACAAAAGGAUGAAUGUGAAAAUAGAUUGAAUUGUUGCUGGGAUCCAAGGGAAGAUGCUAUUGGUGUGAAUUAUUGCUUUUAUAGAGCAAGACCUUGUAGCGGUUAUAAAGUUAUCAAUUCAAAAAUAUCCGAAAGGUAUUUAAACGGUGAUUUAGAAUUGAGGGGACUUGGCUGCCGUAACUAUGGUCCUGACCAGAGGAAGCUCAAAUUUUUUGUUGAGCAUCAAACUGCAAAUCGAUUACAUUUAAAAAUAUUUGAUCCUGCAAAAUCAAGAUAUGAAAUCCCCGAAUAUAUUGUUCCAAUAUCAUCAAUCGAAUCAAUUAAAAGUGAUCCUCUUUAUCAAUUUUCUUAUAAAGACGAUCCAUUUACAUUUUCGGUUACGCGUGUAUCAACCCAAGAACAAAUCAUAAAUACUGACGUAUCUGGGGUAGAUUCACUCGUGUUCGAAGAACAGUAUUUAGAAAUAACAUUUGAACUACCGCAUGAUCCUUACAUAUUUGGACUUGGUGAAGUAGUUAGACCUUUGCGAAGGGAUCCACGUGGUACUUUCCAAACUUUAUGGAGCAGAGACGCGGCGACGCCUCGUAACGAAAACAUAUAUGGUACACAACCAUUUUAUGUGGAUGUACGAAAUGGUACUGCGCAUGGCGUUUUUCUACGAAACUCUAAUGGAAUGGAUGUGACAAUAACUCCAGGGAAUCCUCCUAAAUUGACUUGGAAAGUUAUUGGAGGUGUGUUAGAUUUUUAUUUCUUUCUUGGGCCAACUCCUGCAGAUGUGAUCGCACAAUACACAGAGUUGGUAGGAAGACCUGCCAUACCACCAUAUUGGGCUCUCGGUUAUCAUCAGUGCCGAUGGGGAUAUCACAAUUUAUCCACCCUAUAUCAUGUUGUUUCUGAAUUUAAAAACCACAAUAUUCCUCUUGAAACAAUUUGGAACGAUUUAGAUUACAUGGAAGGGUUUAAAGAUUUUACUUGGAAUUCUAUCAAUUAUCCACGAGAAGAAACUGCAAAAUUCGUAAAUAUGUUGCAUGAAAAUGAUCAACAUUAUGUGGUCAUAGUUGAUCCCGGUAUAAAAAUUGAGCGUGGAUAUUGGCCAUACGAAGAGGGUGUUAACAGAGGCAUUUUUAUAAAGAAUGCAAGAGAAGAAGAUUUAGUCGGUCAAGUUUGGCCUGGAUUAACUCAUUUUCCUGAUUGGUUUAACAAAGAUACUGAAAAAUAUUGGGGUGAUGCUAUCGAGAGAUGGUUACAUACUGUUGAUGUUGACGGAUUAUGGAUUGAUAUGAAUGAGCCAGCAAGUUGGUGUAAAGGUGAAUGCACAGACAGUAAUUUUGUAAAACCAACUUUACCGAAUAGUCUGACAAAUGAUAUUCAGCAACAUGAUGAUAUACCUCUAUUUAUCCCAAAUAACGAAUCCGUUUCAAUUAAUACCACGGUUGAUUCUUUGAAUCUAAAUGAACCACCGUAUAGAAUUGACAAUGGUGCUGCGAGACUACCAUUAGAUUCACUUACAUUAUCUAUGGAUGCGCGACAUGCAAAUGGGUUUGUAGAAUAUGACGUUCACAAUUUAUUUGGGCAUAUGGAAGCGAUGACAACAUGGAAAGUAUGGAAUGAAAGAUUUGGGAAAGGCAAGAGACCAUUUAUUAUCACAAGAUCAACUUUUGCUG